GCCGGAACGCACAAGGCUGUAUUGUUUAUUUCGCUUACAGCCCACUUGUUACUAGGAUCUUUGACUAGAAAGUCUUACACAUUCCACCAAUCCCAACCGUCAAAGUGGUGUACGUGCGAAUCGAACGUUCGACAAGUUUAGCCAUCUUGCAGUAGGUAAAGUGCAGAGGAGUGAAAUUGUUUGGCGAACGGUGACAAGCUUCUAUCAUCAACGAGAAAAAAACGAGAGGACAGGGCUACGCGAAUGCGGGUUUGUCGGUGAAAGACAUGUUCCAUGCGGAGAGAGCUGCGGAUGGCUCAGGCUCGUUGUCUUUGCGAGGACAACGUGUGGCGGCUGAUGAUUUGUGGUCUGAGUCUUCAACCAGGGCGCGCGUUGGAUACUUAUAAAUGGAUAUAGCCAAGAACUAGCUAAUGCAAGUAUAUGUUUAUGUAAAUUCUUUUUCUUUCGAAAUAAAUGUGCAUUGACUAAACAAAUCUCAGCCAUGAAUAGCGUAAAGUACUUUCAUGAUACAUUUUAACGAAUAAAAGAGAUGGGGUGUUUAUAAAUUCCAUGGAUACAAUAUGAAAAAAAUAAUUUGGAUUUAUUAUACUAUGGAUACAAUAUGACAAACGCAUUCUUAGUAAUUUUCAUUGACACUUGCUCGGCUGCUAUCCUUUGAAGAUUGGUUCUAGUUCGAAUGCAGGCAACCACACAGUUUCCAAUUGUUCAUUCAAUUGCCGGAAACGGAUUAAAUCUUGAUAUAUUUCCGGAGUGUUAAAUAUGUAACGAAAAUCGUCCUCAUUCAAGAGCAACACUACAUGGUAGACUGUUCAGUAUGCAACAGUUAGUGUUCAUCAUUUUGGCCGCGCUUGUUAAACUCCUGCACGGUAUAGAUGGAGCGGCAUUAUUUACAAAAGAAGAAGAACAGAGAGUUGAAGCGUUCGUUCACAACGUCAUGGACUGUAGAAGCAUCCCGGGUCUUACGUUAUCCGUCGUCAAAGGAGACGAGACAUGGACGCAUGGAUUCGGCAAGGCUGACGUAGCUCUUGACGUUGACGUUACGGAGAACACGUUGUUUGGCACAGGAUCUCUGGGAAAGGCUUUUACGAUGACGUUGCUAGGUAACCUCAUCCGCAAAUCAAGUUAUACUUUCCACACUAAGCUCUCUGAGAUCGCCAAUGUCAAUCUGAUAUUUGCCAACGCGACCUUGACAGCAGAGAUGACCUUGGGUGACCUACUUUCCCACAGAACGGGCCUCUCCGCCGUCACGGAUUUUGGUUUCAUCGCAGGGUAUCCAAGGGGAACAACAAGAGCUAUGCUUGCAAAAAAAAUCAAGAAUCUACCUCAAGCCGCGCCAUAUCCAUCAACGAUGCUGUACAAUAACAUGAUGUACGUAAUGCUUGGUCACGUGAUCGAAGUUCUCGGUGAUGACACGUGGGAGAAUCUCUUGUCGUCAAAUGUUCUUGGCCCAAUAGGCAUGACGUCAACCCGCGUCCUGAACAAGGCAGAGCUGUUUCAGACCAAUGAAGUCGCCAAGCCGUACAUUCUCAAGAAUGGCGAACUGGAGCUUGGCUUUACACACCUAUACGAAUUGACACCGUUGGAACCGGCCGGAUUACUGAUGUCCUCCGGGGCGGAUAUGGUAAAAUGGAUGCGAUUCAACCUCCGUAAUGCCACCACAGACACUGGGAACAUGUUGCUACGGCCGGAAGAUCUGGAUGAGGCAUUCCAAAUGCAGACAGACACGAAGGGAAGCGUCCGAAGCCUUACGACGCCCGCCUAUCCGAUCAACGACACCACGGAGGGCUACGGGUACGCCUGGUUCACUGGCGCGUACAGAGGUAACCGUCGAAUAUUGCACAGCGGCGGUUUAUUCUCUCUCAAUUCUCUCAUCUGGCUGUUUCCGCAUCUAAACCUGGGCCUGUUUGUCAGCAUGAACGGCCCCGGCCUGCCGUCCAUACCCGGGUACGCCUCGCAGACAAUCCUGUCCUUUGUGGCAGAUCUUGCGAUGGGGAUGCAACCAUGGCUCACUCCUGCAACAGCGUGCACGUUUCCAGAACCGUGGAGUAAGGCUUUCAAUUCGCCUUACCCAUCGCCUAAAAAGUUUACCAAUAACAAUACUAAAGAUUUUGUUGGUGAAUACGGGAACGAUUUGAUGCCAGACGUAAAGAUAUACGAAGAGCGAGCGGACGACACCGAGAGACCGGUUCUGUGGCUGCAGAUGAACAAGGUGAAUGGCACAUUGCUUCCAACCGAGGACAAGGACACAUUCCAGUUGAAGGUCGUAAGCCCCUGGGAAUUCGCAAUUGAACGGAUCUUGAACGAGAACUUUACGGUGACAUAUACGACGAAAUUUUAUCGAGACCAAGUGGAAGGAAAGGUGAAAGGGUUCAGGGUGCAGUUCAACAGUCCACAAGAAGUGCUAGACUUUAACAAAUGUGUUAGAUUCUUGGAAGCAACUGCAUGCAGCCAGACAAUGAAAGACGUCAGCGAUGGAACCAACGGAGCGUCUUUGGUCAUCGAUAUCCAGAUUGUAUUAUUCAUCCUGGUUUCCAGUGUCAAUGUGUUUGUAUCGCUGGUCUUAUGAAACAGGGAACGUUUACAGCAUGUUGAAUCUCGAAUAUAUUGUUGGACCCAAGUGUCAAUCAGUCUAUUUUAUUGAUGUAAGCUAUUUUGUAUCUGUUUAGUUUCUUAUCUUAAUUUCUCGUGGCAUUAUUUACUGUUACCCUCCUAAAUUGUUGUCAAGUCUGGCCUGGCCCCAUAAUAAUUUCUGCUGACCAAUUAAAUACUUAAUGACCAGUCAAUAGAAUUACAUAUACAGGCUAGAAUCAGUUUGUUUAUUGCAUUGUUGAAAAUUGCUUGUAUUUUCUUCCUGUUGGCAAGGCAGACGUGUGUUUCUUAGUGCACAACUUUCUUCGUCAGUCAAUUAAAAUAGUAUCUAUGUCUAACAAUUAAAAGUGCUACUUUUCAUAUUUUUGGUAAAUGUUACCACUUAAAACUGGCGUAUUCAAUGGAUUUUUACCAUCUAAAGCUUAGCACAUGCUGUUAUGGAUGAAUUGGUAGCCAUCUUGAUUUUUACUGAAUUUACUGCUCGUUGCAUGGUUAGAGUCAGCUAAGUCUACAAGCUACAUAGCAUUCAUCAUAAAUUUUCAAGUAUUUCUUGAGAAAUGUCUUCAAAUGGGAAUGGGAGAAAACGCUCUUUUAUAAGGUGUUUAUAUUGUCGCAUGUUAUUGUCGUUAGUUAUUAAUGUAUUACAUUAUUUAAUCUUCCAUAGAACGUGUAUGUUUUGGCAUCCCUUUGAGCAAUUGUUAAGGCACCGUGAUUUCUGCGCCCGGCGCAAAAUUUGUUUUGGCUGUGUCAUGCGCCCGGCACAAGACGCACUGUGCCAAUGCGCCCGGCACAAGACGCAGAGUGCCAUCGAAAGUAGUAUAUAUAGCUGAUAUUUUCUCAUACCAAAAAAAAAUCCAUCUUUGAGUAACAUCUUUCAUACAACUUUUAUUUACACAUUCGAGUAAGUAAAAAUAAUGAACAAACUUUGUUAAUAUAAUAAAACACUUAAAAUAUAGAGUGAAAAUAGUUAAUACACAUAUAUACAUUUAUAUUAAGACAUUAAUUUGCAUUUAGUUGCAUUUCUUGCUGGAGAAUAAACAAUAUAUUGAAAAGUUA